UUGUACACAGUAGGUAUGAAAGUGUCAUAGAGUAAGUAGAGUACAGUUGAAUGUUAAUAAAUACAAGCAUACGACCUUGAUGGCAUACAAAGAAUCCAGUUGGUGCUCGCCGGCCGGCGACCAAACUUGUUUUUCUACCUUAUUUCCAUAACGAAGUAAAUAGGACUACAAAACUAGGAAGACACUUUUGCUGUGAAACUCCCAGAUAACAAACGUGUCCAGAAAACAUGAAAUCUUUCAUUGAAUAUUCCGCAAACACAGAUUUUCCUAUAGAAAAUUUGCCCUAUGGUGUUUUCACAUCGCCUAAAAACGCCCAAAAACACAUCGGCGUUGCAAUCGGAGACUGGAUUCUGGAUCUGAAUGUAAUCUCGCAUCUGUUUAGCGGUCCGCUAUUGAAAGACAAACAACAUGUUUUUAAGGACGAUAAGUUAAAUGCUUUUAUGGGCCUCACUAAAGCCCAUUGGAUCGAAGCUAGGAACACAUUGCAGAAACUCUUGGAUACCAGUAACAACAAAUUGAAGAACGACAAUGAUCUUCGGCAAAAAGCGUUCGUCAAGCAAACUGAGGCGACAAUGCACGUUCCGGCCCACAUCGGGGAUUAUACAGACUUCUACUCGUCGAUCCACCACGCCACCAACGUGGGAAUUAUGUUCAGAAGCAAAGAAGACGCUCUUAUGCCAAACUGGAAAUAUUUGCCAGUCGGCUACCACGGACGAUCCAGCUCCGUCAUUAUAUCUGGCACACCGAUUACCCGCCCUCUAGGCCAAACACUGCCAGUUGAAGGAGCUGACCCCCACUUCGGUCCGUGUCGCUUGAUGGACUUCGAGCUAGAAAUGGCUUGUUUUGUUGGAGGACCACCUACCGCGCUUGGUGAAAGAGUAACUGCCAAGCAGGCAGAGGACCGUAUCUUCGGAUUUGUCCUCAUGAAUGACUGGAGUGCUCGUGACAUACAGAAAUGGGAGUACAUUCCCCUCGGUCCAUUCACCGCUAAGAAUUUGGGCACCACAAUAUCACCUUGGAUCGUAACCGUGGAGGCACUCCGCCCGUACAUUGUGGACAAUUAUCCUCAAGAUCCAGCCCCCUUCCCAUAUCUGCGACAUGACGAUAAAUUCAACUUCGAUAUCAAGCUUGAGGUGGACUUAAAGUCGGAAAAGUCACCAGUAAUAACAACCAUAAGCCGUUCCAACUAUCGAUUCUUAUAUUGGACGGCAAAGCAACAGAUGGCUCAGCAGACUAUAACCGGCUGCAAUUUGCGUCCCGGAGAUUUACUCGGCUCCGGUACUAUCAGUGGUGAUAGUUCAGAUUCCUACGGAAGCAUGCUUGAACUCAGCUGGAAAGGUACAAAACCAAUCCGUUUGCAAAAUGGUGAAGAGAGAAAAUUCCUACAAGAUGGCGACACUGUCAUCCUUCGAGGCUAUUGCGUUAAUGAAAUAGGAGUGCGCCUUGGAUUCGGAAAAUGCGAAGGCAAAUUGCUCCCAGCAUUACCCUAUAAGGAAUAAUUAUCAUCCAGUUUUGGGAACCUUUACACCUUUAUAAUAUUUUGUAUUUUAUCACGUUGUACGUUUGUAUCACUGCCAUUAUGUGUGUUUUAAAAAGCAACAAAAAAAAAUUUGUUUGUUAACAAUAAAUGUGUGGUU